AUGGGUUCUUGUAAAAUAGAAUAUGGAAGUCAAGUAGAAUGGCUAUGGGUUCAUGGCCCUAUCAUUGUAGGUGCUGGACCAUCUGGCCUAGCAGUUGCAGCAUGCCUUAAAGAAAAUGGCGUCCCGUCUCUUAUUCUUGAAAGAACUGACUGUAUAGCUUCUUUAUGGCAACAAAAAAGCUACGACCGUCUUAAACUCCACCUCCCCAAGCAAUUUUGUGAACUUCCAUUUCUUAAAUUCCCAGAAAAUUUUCCCAAAUAUCCCACCAAACACCAGUUCAUAUCGUACAUGGAGUCAUAUGCUAAACACUUUUCAAUCCAGCCAAAAUUCAACCAAGUUGUACAAAGAGCAGAAUUUGAUCGUGUUAGUGGGUUUUGGAGGGUUCAAACUCAAGAUUUUCUGUAUUUCUCCAGGUGGUUAAUUGUUGCCUCUGGUGAAAAUGCUGAGCCAGCUAUACCAGAAAUUCAAGGCAUUGAGAAAUUUCAAGGGCCUGUAAUGCAUACCAGUGUGUAUAAAUCUGGCUCUGGGUUUAAAAACCAGAGGGUUUUGGUUGUGGGGUGUGGGAAUUCUGGCAUGGAAGUUAGUUUAGACCUCUGUAGACACAAAGCAAUCCCUCAUAUGGUGGUCAGAAAUUCUGUUCAUAUUCUACCAAGGGAAACAUUGGGAAUUUCUACAUUUGCUAUAGCAAUGGCACUUCUGAAAUGGUUGCCUUUGAGAUUAGUUGACAAGUUCCUCUUGCUGCUGGCAAAUUUCACCUUAGGAAACACAGACAAAUUAGGCCUCCGGCGUCCUAAAACCGGCCCGAUUGAGCUAAAAAAUGCCACCGGAAAAACCCCGGUACUGGAUGUUGGUGCAUUAUCCCAGAUUAAAUUCGGAAAAAUUAAGGUCAUGGAAGGGGUCAAGGAGAUAACCAAAAAUGGUGCUAAAUUCAUGGAUGGACAAGAAAAAGAGUUUGAUUCUAUAAUCCUAGCAACUGGCUACAAGAGCAAUGUACCUCGUUGGCUUACGGGUACUGAUUUUUUCACAAAAGAUGGGAUGCCUAAAACACCUUUCCCAAAUAGUUGGAAAGGAGAGAAUGGAUUGUAUACAGUAGGGUUCACCAGAAGAGGCCUCCUUGGAACUUCAUCAGAUGCAGUAAAAAUUGCAGGAGAUAUUUCUGAUCAAUGGAUGAAAAUCAAGGGCUAUUCGGUUCGAAAUGGAAGAGAUAUGGCUGGUGGCGAAGAUCUGGUUCGCCAUCACUUUCUUUGGUGGUCAACAUCUGGAUCAACUAUUUCACCCUCUCCGACAAGCCAUAGCAACGUGGUACUGGAGCAGCAGGACAGAGUCAUGGCCGAAGAUGGUGCCUCAGAUGUCGACAGUGAAAGAGGCCACGGCGGCGCUGCUAAAUUUAUACGCUAG